AGAGGGUGGAAUUCGGGAUUUGGGAUGUGAGCGAGAAGGAUGGCGAUAUUUUCAAUUGUGGAAACAGCCGUUCCAUUAUCGUUCCAUUGCAAAUGCACAAACACACACACACACACACACACACGCUCGUGCAGUUUGCGCUUCACUAUGUGUGCGUGUGGACCAAAUGCAACAACAAUAAAAACGCGCAACUCAAAUUGUUAACAAAGGUCAUCUAUGCGCAAUCAAUUUUGCGCCAUGCGACAGCUGCACAUAGUUUCUUUUGACUAAGCAAUCAUUUAUAACUUUUCCCAGUAGUAGUGCCAAGUUCAUAACUGAUGGAGUGUGCUGUCAAUUUGCAUGUUGUGGAGCCAUUGAGUUUCAAGGUCGCGCUAAUUAAAUACUCGUUACAAGUGAUGCCAAAAGUAACAAAUAUUUUAACAGAACGUAUUAAGUUAAUAUGAUCCACGAAAAACACUCUUUUAAACUCUAAAAAACCAGAAGCACGUCAAAAAGAUGUUCAUAAAUGGUAUUUUAAAAUAUCAUACAACUGACCUGUUUUAUUCCUCAUCACUGGCCAUUAGUUGAUAACAAACAGGUGGACUUCUAUCAUAUCCUGCUGCAUUUUUUCCUUAGCCAGUCAGGAUUUAGAACUUGCACACAAUGCGACAGCUAAAAGAGCGAAAUCGGUGCAAUCGGUCUGUUCGGCAUCUGAAAAUUCAGGGCAAGAUCUGGUUGAAAAAUCUUAAAAGCGGCUUGGAUCAAAUUCGAGAAAGCCAGGUGCGAGGAACGCGUAACAACUUCCUGCACGAUGGCUCCUUCCAUGAGGCAGUUGCUCCCGUUUUGGCGGUGGCCCAGUGCUUUUGCCUGAUGCCCGUGAGCGGAAUUGGUGCUCCAACGUACAGGGGACUAAGCUUCAGCCGGCGCAGCUGGCGUUUCUGGUACAGCUCCUUGUACCUCUGCUCCACGUCGGUGGAUCUGGCCUUCAGCAUCCGCCGGGUGGCCCACAGUGUGCUGGAUGUGCGCAGUGUAGAGCCCAUCGUUUUUCACGUGAGCAUCCUGAUCGCCUCCUGGCAGUUCCUGAACCUGGCCCAACUCUGGCCCGGAUUGAUGCGCCACUGGGCGGCGGUGGAGCGGCGGCUACCCGGCUACUCCUGCUGCCUGCAACGGGCACGUCCUGCCCGUCGCCUCAAAAUGGUGGCCUUCGUGCUGCUGGCGGUUUCACUGAUGGAGCACCUGCUGAGCAUCAUUUCGGUGGUGUACUACGACUUCUGCCCACGAAGAAGGGAUCCCGUGGAAUCCUAUUUGCAUGGCACCAGCGCCCAAUUGUUCGAGGUGUUCCCCUACUCCAACUGGCUGGCCUGGCUGGGCAAGAUCCAGAACGUGCUGCUCACCUUCGGCUGGAGCUACAUGGACAUAUUCCUGAUGAUGCUGGGCAUGGGUCUCAGCGAGAUGCUGGCCAGGCUGAACCGCAGCUUGGAGCAGCAGGUGCGACAGCCCAUGCCGGAAGCCUACUGGACGUGGUCACGCACUCUUUACCGCUCCAUAGUGGAGCUCAUACGGGAGGUGGACGACGCCGUGUCCGGUAUAAUGCUGAUAUCCUUCGGCAGCAAUCUGUACUUCAUCUGCCUGCAGCUCCUCAAGAGCAUCAACACCAUGCCCUCCUCCGCCCACGCCGUCUACUUCUACUUCUCGCUGCUGUUCCUGCUCAGCAGAUCCACGGCGGUGCUCCUCUUCGUGUCGGCGAUCAAUGACCAGGCCAGGGAACCACUGCGUCUGCUGCGCCUUGUGCCGCUCAACGGAUAUCAUCCGGAGGUCUUCCGCUUCGCCGCCGAACUGGCCAGCGAUCAGGUGGCGCUUACGGGCCUCAAGUUCUUCAAUGUCACCAGGAAGCUCUUCCUGGCGAUGGCGGGCACGGUGGCCACCUAUGAACUGGUGCUCAUUCAGUUUCACGAGGAUAAAAAGUCCUGGGACUGCUCGCCCUCCAAUCUUGUUUAGACGCUCCAAAUAUAUAUCAUUAUAUGUAUAUAUCAAUCUAUAGAUUGUGCAAAUUAACAGACUGCAUGCUGCACUACCUCAUUCACAAUCAGUUGGCACACUUUUCCUGGUGGAUUAUCUCAUGUCACUCAUACGCCGCGUUGCCAUGCAUAUUCAUGAGCAACAGCAGAGUCCUUUGAAUAGUUAAUUACAUCGAUUGGGGGUUACACAUAAUAUGUUAUUUACCCGCACAUUGGCACAGUUAAUGGCAAUUAAAACACUAUGCUACACAGCUGCGAGGAGUCCAUGCUGGAACCAGUUUCCAUCCAGCCAGCCAUCAUCCAUCCAUCUGCCCGCUUUCCACUUUUCAUUUUCGUUUUCAUUUUCAUUUGCGGACCAUUUACUUUGGUAAUCCAGUAUAAGUAUGUGAUGCAAUUGCUGGCCAUAAAUGGCGCACGCUUCCUAGGCACACCGAAAUGCGUGCACAGCGAUUGGAUUCGAUGUGAACCAGUUGGCCAAAUGCCAAUGCCGAUUGCUCCUCGGCUCUGCAGCUCUGCAGCUUCGCAGCUC